AUGUGGAGAAUCUUCGCUUUCGAUCUCAGUGUCAUUAAUCCAGCUGUUAUUGUUCUCCAUUUACAUCUACAAGAUUAUCAGCCACUGUCCUUCCAUGAAGAUAGACCAUUGCAAGAUGUGAUUGAAGAUGAAAGACUUCACCGAACAAUGCUUACAGAAUUCUUUGCUAUGAAUCGAACAAAUAAGCAAGCUGAAGAUCUCAAUUUAUUAUAUAAGGAGUUUCCUCAAUAUUUUGUCUGGGAUGAAGAUAAUAGAAUCUGGUAUGCUCGAAAACGUGGACAAGUCAUUGGACGUGUGACCACAGCGCAUCCAAUAGAAGGCGAGAGAUAUUAUCUUAGAAUGCUGCUGAUGCAUGUUCGAAGACCAAAAUCCUUUACUGACCUCAAAACAGUAAAUGGAUUCAUUGCUUGUUCAUUCAAAAGAGCUGCAGAAAUUCGAGGAUUAUUACAGAUUGACAAUGGAGCGGAGCAAUGUCUAUCAGAAGCCGCGCUAUACAAGAUGCCAUCAUCUCUCAGGCAACUGUUUGCUGUUAUUUUGAUAUAUUGUCCACCGAGCAAUCCAAAAAACCUUUGGGACAAAUUUUAUGACUACCUAUUAGAAGACAUAGCAAAUCAGUCAUUCCUAUCAGAAGAACAAACAAAAGCAAAGGUUCUUCAUCUUAUUGAUGAAUAUUUACAAAUAAUGGGAAAGAAUAUAGCAUAUUUUGGCUUCUCACAAUUAACUUCAACAAUGCCUUUCGCUGCUAUCACAAAAGAAAUUGAAGCAGAAUACACAAUUCCUAUUUCUGAAGAAGAUUUAGCAGCUUCAUCGAUACUCAAUCAUGCUCAAAGAGGUACAUUUAACAAAAUAAUGCAAAAAGUCGAUGCCAAUGUUCCAGCUGCAUUCUUCAUUGACGGACCUGGAGGCACUGGGAAGUCCUUUUUAUAUAAGGCUUUGCUUGCAACUGUUAGAUCAAGGGGACAUAUUGCCUUGGCAACAGCAACAUCUGGAGCUGCAGCAUCAAUUCUUCCUGGAGGUCGGACUGCCCAUUCUCGUUUUAAGAUACCUCUUCAGCAAGAAAUUAACAGCACCUGCAACAUUUCCAAACAAAGUGCCAUCGGUAAAUUAAUUCAACUUGCACGGCUAAUAAUCUGGGAUGAAGCAGCAAUGGCCAAAAAAUAUGCCAUUGAAUCCUUUGACAGAUUAUUGAAAGAUUUGCUCAAUUCUGACUCUAUCUUUGGUGGAAAAGUAAUUGUUUUUGGUGGAGACUUUCGGCAAACUUUGCCGGUGGUUAGAAAAGGGCAACGAGAAGAUUACAUCUCUGCAUCCCUUGUCAAUUCUUACCUGUGGCCUCAUCUGGAAAAGAUCCGACUCACUGAAAAUAUGAGAGCACGGUCAGAUCCCUCAUUUUCUGAUUUCUUGUUGAAAAUAGGAGAUGGAACAGAGCCAACUAUCCUAGAUAACAAAAUCAAGUUUCCAUCUUCAAUGCUUAUACCUUUUAUUGAUGAUACAACCUCAUUAAACCUUCUAAUAAAUACUGUGUAUCCAUCCUUGUUUGAGUUUUUAACCAGCAGCUCUGCAGUUACUAACAGAGCUAUUUUGAGUACAACAAAUGAGACUGUUCAAGAAGUCAAUCAAAUUUUGAUUCAAAGAUUUCCAGGACAAGAAACCAGAUACAUCAGUUUUGAUCAAACGCUUGAUCCAACAAAACAAGUUGAUCAUGGAGAUUUCUUAAAUUCCAUUCAGCCUCCUGGAUUGCCCCCACAUGAACUAAUUUUGAAACCAAUGUGCCCAGUAAUCCUUCUUAGAAAUCUUAACCCUGCACAAGGUUUAUGCAAUGGAACACGUCUCAUUUGUUUAAAUUUUGAUAAGAAUGUAAUACAUGCUGAAAUUUCAGUUGGUAUUCAUAUUGGCAAGCAUGUUUUCAUUCCUCGUAUUCCAUUGCACAGUUCGAAUGAUGAAUCUUAUCCAAUACCCUUCAAACGAACUCAGUUUCCAAUUUCAUUAUGCUUUGCUAUGACAAUCAACAAGUCACAGGGACAAACACUUGAUUUUGUUGGAAUAUACUUAAAGGAACCUGUGUUUUCACAUGGACAAUUAUAUGUUGCAUUGUCUAGAGCAAAAACCUCAGCAAAUGUGAAGAUCUUGCUAAGACCCGUUACUGUCCAUUCUACAGAAAGCAGUUAUACUCGAAAUAUUGUUUAUCAUGAAAUCCUAGCUGCUGCUGCUGAUACUUGA